AAGCACUAUUCCGUGAUCAUCUUGGAUGAGGCACAUGAAAGGAGUUUGAACACAGAUAUACUUAUUGGGAUGCUUUGUAGAAUUAUAAAGCUUCGCAAGGAUACAUAUGCAGAUCAACAAAAAAAAAUACGCUCUGCAAAGAACGUUAAGCCAGAAGAUAUGAUUAGUCAGCUGAAAGUUGUGCUGAUGAGUGCUACCUUGCAGUUAAAGGAAUUUAUUUCAAACAGAAGAUUGUUUGAUGUGAUUCCACCAACUGUAGAGGUACCUGCACGGCAAUUUCCAGUAACAAUUCACUUCACGAAGAGGACACAUGAUGAUUAUUUAGCACAUGCUUAUAAAAAGGUUCUGUCAAUCCACAAGAGUCUACCACCAGGUGGAAUCCUUGUAUUUGUUACUGGACAAUGAGAAGUUGAUUAUUUAUGUAAGAAACUGCAAAGAGCAUCCAAACGACAAAUUGGUAAGAAGCCUGAAAGGGUUGGAGAUGAGUGUGGUUCAAGACAAGAAAUAGAUGAGAAGGAAAUUUUUGAAGCAUAUGAUAUUGAUAGAACUGAAGCUGAGCACCAAGAGGACAUGUUUUCCUCAUAUGGUGAAGAUGAAAUGGAUGAUGGACUAAAUGUCGAUUCUUCUGAUGCUGAAAUAGAGAGUGAGACUGACACUGACAGUGAUGAUGAGGAUUCCGCUGCACAUGAAACCACAGAAGAUGGACCAGUGUUAUCAUUUUUGAAACAUGCUGAGAGUUCAUCUGUACUGAAGGCAUCCUUUAAAGCUAUAUCAGGUAUAUCAGGAGAAUCGGAAGCUGCUGAGGAAUUCAGCAAUGUGACAAUUGCGGAAAAGUCAAACCCUUCUAAUCCUUCUUUCAGUAAACAUACAGAACCUACAUCUGUUUCACACGGUAGGCUUCAUGUUUUACCACUUUAUGCAAUGCAACCAGCUUCGCAGCAGCUCAGAGUGUUUCGCGAUAUUCCUGAAGGGGAAAGAUUAGUUGUUGUGGCAACUAAUGUUGCAGAAACCUCUUUAACAAUUCCUGGUAUAACAUAUGUGGUUGAUACUGGAAAAGAAAAGGUUAAGAACUAUGAUCAUGCUACGGGGAUGGCAAGUUAUGAAGUCCAGUGGAUAAGCAAGGCUUCAGCAUCCCAACGUGCUGGGAGAGCUGGAAGAACUGGGCCUGGGCACUGUUACCGUCUCUACUCAGGUGCAGCAUAUGGUAAAGAUGAUUUAUUUCCUGAGUUCUCUGAGCCAGAGAUCAAGAAAAUGCCAGUUGAUGGCCUUGUGCUUAUGCUCAAGUUUAUGAAAAUUGAUAAGGUUGAAAACUUUCCUUUCCCUACGCCUCCUAACAAUGAAAGUUUGGUUGAAGCCAAGCGUUGCUUGAAGACAUUAGAAGCACUUGACAGCAAAGAAAAACUUACAUCAAUGGGAAAGGCUAUGGCGCAAUACCCCAUGAGCCCACGACAUUCGCGUCUUCUUCUGACAAUAAUUAAAAUUUUGAAGAGCCAGCAAGGCUAUGCCAGAUCUAACUUCAUACUGGGAUAUGCAACUGCUGCUGCAUCAGCUUUGAGUUAUGCAAAUCCUUUUCUCAUUCAGGGAGACACUAGUAGAGAAUCAAACCAGGAUGGCCCGGAUCCAGAACAUAAGGAUCAAAAUGAAAGAAAGAGACAGAAGAAACUCAAGGCCAUGGUUCGAGAGGCACGCAGAGAUUUUUCCAUCCCUAGUAGUGAUGCUUUAACCAUUUCUCAUGCUUUGCGGUCAUUUGAGUGUUCAAGGAACCCAGUGGAAUUCUGCAGAGAGUACUCACUUCACCUCAAAACAAUGGAAGAGAUGUCAAAAUUGAGAAAGCAUCUUCUUCGAUUAAUAUUUCACCAUAGCAAAUUUUGUGAUGAAUUUGCUUGGAAUUAUGGAGGUUCUCAGGAUGUUGAACAGGCCUGGAGGAGUGGAACCGACAAAAAACCAAUGCUGAAUGAAGAGGAACUUCUUGGGCAAGGAAUAUGUGCUGGGUGGGCCGAUAGGGUUGCAAAGAAGAUUAACACUUUUUCUGGAUUGUCGAAAGAGGAUCGAAAGGUUCGAGCUGGACGUUAUCAAUCUUGCAUCCUCGAUGAUACAAUAUAUCUCCACCGAUCAUCUUCUGUUGCCCGAACUUCACCAAAGUUUGUAGUUUACUCGGAACUACUAAAUACAAAGAGAUCGUACAUGCAUGGUGUGACCAGUAUAAAGCCUGGAUGGCUUUUCAAAUAUGCUAGUUCUCUCUGCACCUUCUCAGCGCCACUGGAAGAUCCAAAACCCUAUUACAAGCCUCAGAAUGACCAGGUCUACUGUUAUGUUAGUCCCGUCUUUUCUAGACAUAAUUGGCAGCUUCCGCUGCACAGUUUACCCAUCGAAGACCCCACCAGGCGGUUGCAGGUAUUUGCAUGGGCUUUGCUGAAAGGGGAUGUCUUGCCAUGUCUAAGGGUGGUUCAAAAGUUCUUGGCUCUGUCACCAUCUGCUGUCCUUGGGCCAGCCAGCCAAAGAAGAGUUGGAGAUCUUCUUAGCAGGAUGAACAUUGGUGGAAAAUUAAAAGACAGCCGGAGAGCAUUAAGAGAUGCAUGGAGUAGUGAUCCAGAUUUUCUUUAUCCUGAGAUUCAGGCAUGGAUACAGGAUAAAUAUCAGAGCCAGUUUGAAGCAAUAUGGGAACAAAUGCACCAAGAAGUUCAGCUUGAGGGACAUGAACUUUUCCCAAAGAGGUUCAAGAAAGUUGAGGGGUAG